ACCUUCCCCUUUAUACUCCUCGUGCCACCCUCCCUGCACCUCUCCUUCCUUGUGAUCUCCGAAUUCCCAUCUCAGAUUCCAAGGGCCGCGGCGUGCGAUCCCCGGCUCUCCCCGCCUAUCAUAUAUCGGAGGCUCCGCCCCGCCUCGAAUCUGUCGCGAAAGGCGCCUCCUUUUCCUGCUCUUGCUGCGAUUUGAGAGGGUUCUUGGCUUGAUCCCGAGGGGAGGUGCGGGAGGCUGCUCUUCGACACGCGGGGCUGUUCGUCGGUGGUUGGUGGGAGGAAAGAAGCCAUGAUACCUUCUGUGAGGCUCUCUACUGCCCCAGCGGCCUUCUCUGGCUUGAAUCUACGCUCGAAAUCAGCUUCGAUUCCAUCCAUCUCCAGUCUGAAACCCUCCAAAUAUGUGGUCUCCUUCCUUAGACCACUCUACCUUACACCGCUAGAUGGUCCACACACUGCUGAGCUGAAGCCUCGGAGGCAGCCACUUGAGUUCCGCUGCACAGCUUCUGCAGCUGAUGACAAUGAGUCCAAGGUUGAGGUGGUGCCAGUCCACUCGGAAGGGGCACAGAGGUUAAAGAUAUCCAUCUAUUUCGCAACUUGGUGGGCGCUUAAUGUGAUAUUUAACAUUUACAACAAGAAGGUUCUCAAUGCUUUCCCAUACCCCUGGCUCACCUCCACGCUCUCCCUUGCCUGCGGCUCUGCGAUGAUGCUUUUCUCAUGGGCCACCCGCCUUGUUGAAGCCCCCAAGACUGACCUAGAUUUCUGGAAAGUUCUUUUCCCGGUUGCUGUGGCACAUACAAUUGGCCAUGUUGCUGCGACGGUGAGCAUGUCUAAGGUGGCAGUAUCAUUCACGCACAUAAUUAAAAGUGCAGAACCUGCAUUCAGUGUUUUGGUGUCGAGGUUCCUCCUUGGGGAGACGUUUCCAGUUCCUGUUUAUCUUUCCCUUCUCCCAAUUAUUGGUGGUUGUGGUCUAGCGGCUGUCACAGAGCUGAACUUUAAUAUGGUUGGUUUUAUGGGUGCCAUGAUAUCCAACCUUGCAUUUGUUUUCCGGAACAUCUUCUCAAAGAAGGGCAUGAAGGGGAAGUCUGUCAGUGGCAUGAAUUACUAUGCUUGCCUGUCGAUAAUGUCCCUGGUCAUACUGACUCCAUUUGCUAUUGCUAUGGAGGGGCCCCAAAUGUGGGCUGCUGGUUGGCAAAAGGCUCUUGCAGACGUUGGCCCCAAUGUUAUCUGGUGGAUUGCUGCUCAGAGCGUGUUCUACCACUUGUAUAACCAGGUGUCCUACAUGUCUCUCGAUCAGAUUUCUCCACUGACGUUUAGCAUUGGCAAUACAAUGAAGCGCAUAUCAGUGAUUGUUUCGUCAAUCAUUAUCUUCCACACACCUGUCCGCCCUGUCAAUGCGCUAGGAGCUGCCAUUGCCAUCCUUGGCACAUUCCUGUAUUCUCAGGCAAAGGCGUAAGGUUAAAUUGUUGGUCGUUGGUAAGGUCAGGGCCAUGGAUGAUGAAUGUCUGCAGAAUCAGUAGCAAGCACUGAAUCCAAUUUUUGCUUGUGCAAGUAUCCUGUAGAUAUAGGGGUAGGUUUCUAUAUGAGGUCAAUAAUAAUGGACCAAUGGCUGCUGUUUUCUUGUUAUUUGUUUGUUGAUCACAAAAUGAAAUCCAUAGGCCAUAUCUGUGGUUGAGUGUAUCUGAACCAUGUUUCGUUCCAGGUAUAUAACUGCCAUCCUAAUCCCGGUCGAAAUAUUUGUACUGCUCAA